GCUCGGCUGCAGUUGCCCCCGCGCAAGAUGACAUAAACGCAGCAGACGCACCGAAUCAGACCACACACACCUCAACGCUUCAGCAGCCUUGUACCUCUUCUUUCAUCGGCGCUCCUAUGCGGCUACCUGCGUCGGUGCUGGCGCUUUCGUUGGCAAUUGACGCUGUCCAUCUGGGCUUCCAUACGCAGGACAACAUUAGCAACUGGACACGACCCAUUUCUCACUCGCUCAACCCCUCUGUGCGCCUCCAGCUCCUUCAGCAAUUUGCGCCCGUCAUCUAUCUUCACCCAGAAGAAGCUUAUCUACCAGCAGAUCCUGUAGAGGCAUACAAGCGUUUUCUCAACGCCAGCGCAAACGAGCUACAUGUGCCAAAACGGGAACUAGGCGGCAACCCGCUCAAGGACGGGCGCUUGGUCGAUGCGCCCGUCACGACUCAGGCGCGGCUACUCGAAGACGGCAGGGUCGCCUUACAGUAUUGGUACUAUCAUCACUUCAACGGGCCGCAAGGCUUCAAGACUGUCACUUCAGAUGGCACAGUGUCGCGCUUCCCUUGGUAUCCACUCGCGGUGCACUAUGCCGAUUGGGAACAUACAACGAUCAUUUUGACGAGUGAUGGCUCUCAGGAGCCAGCAGAAAUCGAGAGCGUUUACUAUACCGUCCACGCCGACAUCAACGAACCAGAGCACAAAUACUCUGUUGAAAAUGUUACGCACCCCCUCGUCUUUUCGCACAACAAUUCACAUGCUUGCUACAAGUCGCCCAAGGACGCACACAAUAUUGACCCGGCCAUGGAUGGUUUCGUGAACUCUGCCAUUCGUUUCAUCACUUUUGGCGCUAUUCAGCACAUUGAGGUCGGCGAUAUUGGAUUUGCCAACUACCCAAAGUCAGAAUGGAUCCGCUGGUCGGACUACGAGAUCUACGACAUAUCAGAUACGCAUGAAAAAGUAGGGCCAGAGUGGGCCCUUUGGCAGGGACAUUGGGGCCCGGCCUUUGAUCAAAGUCAGGUAGAUGAGCCUCCCGUGGGUGUACCGUGGCGUCGGUUCUUUUUCGACUUUCUGCAAAUCAUCUAUCACGCUGGCCGGCUGACGCAGUUUGUCUCGAGUGCCAAGCUUGCACCAAGAGGACCGAUAGUGCAUUACACCUGGUAUACAUUCGAUGUCUACGAUCCACCAGGCCGUUAUGUGCCUGAAGACCCGAAUGGGCAUAAGCCUGGCAUUCUGCCGAUUGUCGCUUUUGUCUACUUCCUUCUUGGCUUUGUUGGUAUCCUCAACGUUGUACUUUCGCUUGUACUCAUUGGCAUUAUGCUCCUCUCGCAGUUACUGUGGCGAAGGAGUAAAGCAGCAUAUCAGACAAGACGGCAACGCAGGAAGCUGCAAAUGAGCGAGGUUACGCCACUUCUUUCUUAGCUAUAGCAAAUUGUUCAUCGUUCGUUCUCCCCGCCGGCUGAUCGGAAGUUGUCAAAUAGUGUCUUUUGCACCUUCCACGAAGUCAACCUCAGCAAAAUGGCUGGGAGAAGAAGCUAGCGACUAGUGAACAACUUCGCAUGACUUGUCACAUUUUGACCACUUUGGACACACAACAGUUUGCGGACCAUUCUAGGACUACCUGCACCACGUCAAUCAUCCCGUGCCGGUAACUAUACAAAGUAACUGACCAGCGUCGUAACAGCGAUGUGUUGAGGUCGUCCUGCGUGCGAACUUUCAAUUUCCGUGGUCGGCAACAGCCGCGCUCCCUCCACAAUUCAAUUGAAA